GAAGGCCAUUUUGUGUCCCAGGCCGAGCUCGGUGCCCGCUGGGCUCGGCCUCCAGCCCCGGCCAGGUUCAUCCCCGGCUUCAUCCGCCGGCUCCGGGCGAGGACGGGGCGGCCCGAGCCCGGCAGAGCCCCGGGGCCGGCGCUGCGGCCACGAGGGGGCGCUGCAGCACAGACGCGCGCCCGGAGCCCGCCCUGCCCGCGCCCGCCGCUCCGGGGGCCGCCGCCGUGAAAUUGUUAUAAAAAGAAGAGGAAAGAGGGAGGGGACAGAUAGACAGUCAUGUCUUCUGAAGCAACCCAGGAUAAGGUUCAGACAUCUACGCUACAGCAAAAUGAACAGGGUAUGUUGCAGUGCCCUAUUUCAAAUGCUCAUGGAAAUAGAGAUGAAAUUGCAAGGAUCAAUCAAGAGUGUAAAAGAGAGAGUUUUUGGUACAGAGCUCUUCCUUUGUCUCUAGGAAGCAUGCUUGUCACUGAGAGGCUGAUUUCUAAAGGUGUUUUCACUUCAAGCCCAAGAUUUGGAUCAUUACCUAAGAUUGCAUUUGCUGGUGUUUUAGGUUUUGCCAUUGGAACAAUGUCAUAUAUAGGCGUGUGCCAGAAAAAGUUUCAAAGCAUAAGUGCUGCACCACUUGGUCCAGAAGAUAAAAGCCAUGGUAAUCAUACCUGCAAGGAGUGUGAAACAAACUCCUGAUCUAAUGAAAGGGAACACGAAAGGCCCACACCUUCUUAAUCCCAGAUGUAAUUUCUUUAAAAGUACUUCAUCUUGGCAUCUGUGUUGCAGACGUAACGAAGAUGACAAAAUACUGCAGAACCAGUUGUUUUCUGAAACAGCUUAUUUUGGACAGAUGAAAUGAAGCCUCCCAUCACCUGUUAAGCAGUUCACCUUGAGGCUUGAUUUAAUAAAUUCUUGCUUAUAACUAA